GGAAGAUCACGAGUCAUGUACAAAUUUGCCGUCCUUUUUAUUUGUUUGGGCCUUACCAGGGCCUUCGUCUUUGACAACGCCGGGUGUUCGGACCGUGAGUUCAAGUGCCGUGACGGCCAAUGCGUGGACAAAGAGUACACGUGCGACACCGAGGACGACUGCCCUGACGGAUCCGAUGAGAUUAACUGUGCCACCGACUGUUCCGGAAGCCAUCAGUUCAAGUGCAAAUCAGGGACAUGUAUCACACACGAGUACUUCUGUGACGGCGAUGAUGACUGUGGCGACGGCUCCGACGAGGUAGACUGCGGUAAAAAGAAGUGCGACCAGUACGAGUUCCACUGUGUGACAGACGGCAUCUGCGUCGAGGACACGUAUUACUGCGAUGGCGACAAGGACUGCACCGACGGCUCAGAUGAGGCCAACUGCACUUCAUGCAUGGACGACCAGUUCCGGUGUACUUCCGGUCUGUGUAUUGACGCGCAGUGGAAGUGUGACGGCGACGACGACUGCAGCGACAGCUCAGAUGAACAUAACUGCGGUUCCUGCAGUACCUCCCAAUUCACGUGCGCCAACGGCAGAUGUAUUCAGAAGAGCUGGGUGUGCGACGGCGACAAUGACUGUGACGACUUCUCCGACGAGAGGGGCAGUUGUGGAACCGUUGGUCCAAACGAAUGUCGGGACGUGCUGAUUGGCCGUGACUGUGCCCUGAUGAACGAGACUCACAACCCCAUCUGUCUGGACGAGGAAGAAGGCUUCCACUACUGCAGGAAGUACUGCAACCUGUGUGCAGCUGGACAGACUGUUGACACCGGGUGUUCAGACCGUGAGUUUAAGUGCCGUAACGGCGACUGUGUGGACAAAGACUACACGUGCGACACCGAGGACGACUGCGUCGACGGAUCCGAUGAGAUUAACUGCGCCACUGACUGUUCCGGAAGCCAUCAGUUCAAGUGCAACUCGGGCAAGUGUAUCACACACGAGUAUUUCUGUGACGGCGAUGACGACUGUGGCGACGGCUCCGACGAGAGCGACUGUGGAGCACAGAAGUGUGACCCGCAUGAGUUCCACUGUGUGAAUGACGGCAUCUGCGUCGAGGACACGUAUUACUGCGAUGGCGACAAGGACUGCACCGACGGUUCAGAUGAGGUUAACUGCACCUCAUGCAUGGACGACCAAUUCCGAUGUACUUCCGGUUUGUGUACUGACUUGAACUACAAGUGUGAUGGCGACGACGACUGCAGCGACGGCUCAGAUGAACACAACUGCGGUCCCUGCAGUACCUCCCAGUUCACUUGCGCCAACGGCAGAUGCAUCCAGAAGAGCUGGGUGUGCGACGGCGACAAUGACUGUGACGACUUCUCCGACGAGAGGGGCAGUUGCGGAACCGUUUCUCCAAACGAAUGUCGGGACGUGCUGAUUGGCCGUGACUGUGCCCUGAUGAACGAGACUCACAAUCCCAUCUGUCUGGAUGAUGUAGACGGUGCGCACUACUGUAGGAAGUACUGUAACCUGUGUGCACCUGGACAGACUAGAAAUCGUCAGACCAAGUUUCGUCUCAUUUUCGUCUCUCUCUGGAGAUCAGGAGUCAUGUACAAAGUUGCCGUCCUUUUAGUGUGCUUAGGCCUUGCCAGGGCCUUCCUCUUUGACAAUUCCGGGUGUACGGACCGUGAUUUCAAGUGUCGUAGCGGCGAAUGCAUUGACAAAGACUACACUUGCGACACCGAGGACGACUGCAUCGACGGUUCCGAUGAGAUCAACUGUGCCACCGACUGUUCCGGCAGCCAUCAGUUCAAGUGCAACUCUGGGAAGUGUAUCACACACGAGUAUUUCUGUGACGGCGAUGACGACUGUGGUGACGGCUCCGACGAAGACGACUGCGGUAAAAAGAAGUGCGACCAGUACGAGUUCCACUGCGUGUCUGACGGCAUCUGCAUUGAGGACGCCUGGUACUGCGAUGGAGACAAGGACUGCACCGACGGUUCAGAUGAGGCCAACUGCACCUCGUGCCUUGAUGACCAAUUCCGAUGUACUUCCGGUUUGUGUAUUGACGCGCGGUGGAAGUGUGACGGCGACGAUGACUGCAGCGACAGCUCAGAUGAACAUGACUGCGGUUCCUGCAGUACCACCCAAUUCACGUGCGCCAACGGCAGAUGUAUUCAGAAGAACUGGGUGUGCGACGGCGACAAUGACUGUGACGACUUCUCCGACGAGAAGGGCAGUUGUGGAACCGUUGGUCCAAACGAAUGUCGGGACGUGCUGAUUGGCCGUGACUGUGCCCUGAUGAACGAGACUCACAACCCCAUCUGUCUGGACAAGGAAGAUGGAGUCCACUACUGUAGGAAGUACUGCAACCUGUGUGCAGCUGGACAGACUGUUGGUUAAAUAAACACAUUAACACAUCGCUGUACGGUUAUACACAACAGUGAGCGAAUCAACUCAACACAUGCUUUUAAUACUGACAUUCAAUAAAAAAUGCAACUUUU